AUGUCAGUGGAUGAGGGUAAACUAGACAUCCCUCUGAAUGGCAAAACCACCAGAGACACACUGAGAGACUUUUCCAUUGAUGAGCCAGACCUCCCCAAUCACACAGUCACACCCCAGGACUGGAGUAGGAGAGGCACCAACACAAAGACUACUACAGUCACUGCCAAGGAUACUUCCUCCUCCCAGCUGUCUAACUCUGUGAACAACUCCAAUGACGUUCUAUGUGGCCCUGACCAGUCUAGGAGGCCUCACAGUAGAGACUCACCUAACCUGCCAUCUCCAGUGAGCGAUGACGACAAGACACCCACCAACACCCCCCAGAACUCCCCCUUCCACCCCCAGAACACACCUCCCACCUCCCCACACCUCCCCACUACUUCCCUGCAGCCUAAACACCAACAGGGUGUAGAUUCAGGCCUAGCUGACCUAAAGAACCCUCCAGAUACUGAUGAUGAAGGUACAGAGAAGGACGAGGACUCCACCUACGACUCAGACUCUGCUGAAUCGUCGGUGACCGUCACCAGCGCCAUGAGCCAAUCACAUCGCAGGAGCUUCUCUCUCAGUCUGGCAGAGCUGUGUAACUUCGGAGAGGUGGACUAUGAUCCCCAGUCUUCCUCUGACAGUGAGGAGUGGCCGUCCAGCCGGUCAGCCAGCCGGUCAGCCAGCCUGUCGUCUAACGUGUCGGCAUUGUCCUGUGUGUCUGUCCUGGGCAGUGAUGAGCUGAACCGCCUGCUGGACGACGUAAAGGGCCUGGGGGACACAACGCUGCAGAACUACGAGGAUGUCCAGGUGGUGGUUCUCCAUAAGGAUGUUGGUGUGGGCCUGGGCUUCACCAUGGCAGGAGGAGUGGACCAGAACAAACCUGUCAUUGUCCAUAAGGUGUUCCCGGCAGGGGUGGCUGCUAAGGAGGGAUCCAUCCAGGAGGGAGACAAGGUCCUGUCAAUCAACGGCACAGCGCUGUGUGGCUCCUCCCACUGGGAGGUGCUGAGGACACUAAGGAGGGCACGGACUCAGGGGAUGGGCGUGGUUGUCUUGAGGAGAGGGGGGGUAACAGACCCCCGUAAGGGAGGAACAGUGACUGAUAGUCCAGGAGGGACACAGACAGAGCCUGCUAACACUGGUCAGAGGGUGUGUGUGAGGCUGGAGAAGUGCAGCAGAGACCUGGGCUUCAGUCUGGAGGGAGGAGUGGGUUCCAGCCUGGGAGACAAACCCCUCACUGUACAGAAACUCUUCCUGGGUGGUCCAGUGAACCAGGUGUCUCCAGGGGACGAGGUGAUGGAGAUCGAGGGUGUGAGCUUGGUGGGCCUGAGGAGGCUGGAGGCCUGGACCUUGAUCAGAACACUGCCCCCUGGGCCUGUGGAUGUGAUACUACACCGUCCUCACAAACCACAGUGACAGGAAUGAACAUUGAUAUGCACCCUCGAUAUGCUUAUAACAAGGCACUGAAGCAUUGUCCUCCUAUGAGGUUGAAGUGAGGGUUGCCAAUCUGAUUUUGGAUAUGUGGUUCGGGUCAACUUCUACCUCAAGUGAGAGGGAUGAUAUGUAUUGCAGCAGUCAUACGAUAACAAAGAGAAGAGACCAGUAAACACUGAGGAGAGGGCCUGUCUGUGUAUAGGGUCAACCCAGGGUAUGGAGAGGGAGACAGAGAUCAAUACAAAGCACUGAAGAGACCAGUAAACACUGAGGAGAGGGCUUGUCUGUGUAUAGGGUCAACCCAGGGUAUGGAGAGGGAGACAGAGAUCAAUACAAAGCACUGAAGAGACCAGUAAACACUGAGGAGAGGGCUUGUCUGUGUAUAGGGUCAACCCAGGGUAUGGAGAGGGAGACAGAGAUCAAUACAAAGCACUGAAGAGACCAGUAAACACUGAGGAGAGGGCUUGUCUGUGUAUAGGGUCAACCCAGGGUAUGGAGAAGGAGACAGAGAUCAAUACAGAGGUCAUUUAUUUAAUGUUGUAGAAAUAUGCUGUAUGUUUCUUUAAUACCUAGUCGGCCCAUUGUUUUAUAUGAUGAAAUGUAAGGCGUUUGUAUAUGGCUGUUGUAAUAUAUAUUGUGACUGGAAAGUUAAUAAAUCCUACAAUAACCCCA